AUGGACGACGUACAGAUAUGUGAAGACCCCGACUCGUUGGGGAACGCAAAUAGGCUAAGUAACGACCUGGGGAAGAUUAAAAAAUUUCAGGGCACAUUCAACAAGUACAGCGUUCUAUACGAUGAGGAAGAUAACGAGUUGGAAAAAUUAGAUCGCUUCGAGAAUAUGUUCAAGGAGGCAAAUGUAUUCUUCACACAUUUUCAGAAUAUUCAAAAGGACUUAAAAAAAGUUAGCGAGUUAGACAAAAAUGCAGAAGAGAAAAUCUUGGAAAGUAGCAAAAUGACAAGCGAAAUUCUGGAGGAAAUGGAAAAACUGAAGAAGGAAAAAUAUACUAUCAGGAAGAAAGAAAAAAUGUAUGACAAAAUUUUAAAGCAAUACAGUUUAAGUCCCCUAAGCUAUAACAAUUUAACGGACAUAAAUGUUUCGCUAAAUAUUGCAUUUUUUGAACACUUAAAGCAGUUUGAAUAUACAAAGGAAAAUAUAAUAAAGUUGCUAAACGAGAAUUCAACUGAUAGAGUAAGCAAAUAUUACUCCAAGCAUUACAGCAAUAUAUUGAAUAAGGCGUGCAAGAAAAUGUGCCUCUAUCUGAUCAGAGAGAAUAACAAUUGUUAUAGAAGGACAAACAAGGAUGCAGAUUUAUUGUUGUGUCCCAUUUCGGAAGAAAAAGAAAAGAGAAAAAUUAUGAUAAAAAAUUAUGUCCAGAAUUUUUCCCCCUUGACAAAAUUGUGCUAUAAAAUUAUUAUCGAAAAUAUGGAAUACUUCAACAUAUGUUUCGCUAAUUUUUUACACCUUAGAGUGAAAUUGCUGAAAAGAAAUUACAACGAUUUGUUUAGCAGUCAUGGGAGUAACGCAGUUGGGAGGAACAACUCAGAAGGGGAGUUCCACCCGAUAGAUGAUUCCAUAGAUGAUUCUGUGGAAAUAUUUAAAAACUUUUUUUCAACAAUGUACUACUUAUUAACGUCGGAGGAUAAUUUCUUCAAAAUCCUGCUUCUGUUCAAUUAUUAUUAUUCCAACAUACCAAUCCCGUACAUAACUGCUCAGCUGGAAAAUAUGCAUAACAAUUUAUACACCAUAAUUGACUCCUUGUAUGCUCCCUACAGUCAUUUUUUAGACACAAAUUUGAGCAGCUACCCGAAGAGUUACGAUACAUGUUAUGAACUGUUUCACAUUGUAGACAUGUUCAUCUUUAAAUUGAAAGAAUUUCAAAAUAGCUGUGAAAUAACACAAGACGUCAGAGAUAUUAUUAGAGAAAAUUCCAUCGAAAUGAUACGCUUUAGUGCGGAUUCGGAUGGUCGUCAACCUAGUGGGCCCAACUUACAGGAUGGAGUCCCUAUUCACGAAAAUUCAUUCCUAGAAAAUUACAAAAUUAAUCUUGGCAAGGGAAUUCAAGGGAGGAACUCCAUUUUGUGGGACCUCCCCAGCAGCGUCGCAGAUGGUGCGCAGAGUAAACUUCCGAGCGGAGAGCGCACCGAUCAGACGAACGAAGAAAAGCUGUUAAGCGGUGAACCAGUGAACAAUAUAAACACGGAAUAUUCUCAAAAGGGAGAUGAUGUAGACGAAAUAAAAAAUGUGGGGAUUGUCCCAAAUGUGGUUGAAGAAGAAGGAUCUUUAGACGAAGAUGAACGUGGAGACGAAAAACGGCAGAGCUCGAAUGAACUCGCCAAUCUUGAACCCGAUGACGGGGCGAGAAGCAAAGUGGAGGAAAAAUACAACUGCAAGUUGCUAAAAUUUACGCAAAAAAUACAGAAAAAAAUAGAAAACGAAUUCAUCUCGCUGUGGCAAAAAGAUGUUGUCACUUUCUACCUUAGUAAAAUCACCAAAGUGGACGAACCCAAUUAUUUUGACAACACACUGUCAGUUGUAAAAAAAAUAUUCAGUGCCUUAAAUAAUGUAUACUCUAUAUACACAAGGAAUAGUGACCUAUUCGGGCACCACUACAAGGAGCAGAAUUUUCAAAACGUCCUGGACAUCACAAUCAACCCCCUAAUAAAUAACUCCUUGAAAAAUAAAAGUCAGAAUAUAGAAAGGGAUUACAUAUUUAUUAUAAAUAUAUUUAUCUUUAUGCAAGAAAAUGUGAAAAUGUUUGAAGGGUCCUCUAAGUACUACGAUUUGCUGGGUAUAAUUAUCCAGGAAAAAAUGGAAAAAGUAUUGGAGCUGGAAAAUAAAAAUUUAUUGGCCUCCCUAAAGUUAGAUAAAAUUAGGAAAGGGGAAGAAAGUAACAUAAAGGAAGUAGAACUGAUUCUGGAAAAUUUUUAUAAAUUUGCUUUUUCGGAGAAGUUUAAUGAUUUCCCUGUGGUGAACAAAAUUCAAUCAAAUCAUGUCAAAAAGGACAUGCAGUUGGCCAUAUUUAAUAACAUACAUAAGGAAUAUGCACACUUGUACGAAAUGUAUUCCAAAAAAGUGAACAUGCUUUACUCGCCCGAUCAGAUAAAGGAUGUCCUUUUGAAAAAUUCGUCACUUAUAUGA